GCUACAAUUGGGAAGAUCUUAAAGUUGAAGAACAUUGUCAAAGUUCUCAAAAACAUGGAAGGCAUGAACAAACACAUACUGGAGUGAAAUCCUAUGAAUAUAAUCAUUGUGGUAAAACCUUUGCACAGCACAGUCAUCUUCACAGGCAUGAAACUACACAUACUGGAGAGAAACCCUAUGAUUGUAAUCAGUGUGGUAAAGUCUUUGCUCAAAACAGUACUCUUCAAAUGCACAAAAGGACACAUAUUGGAGAGAAACCCUAUGAAUGUAUACAAUGUGGUAAAACCUUUGCACAGCCUUGUCAUCUUCAAGUACAUAAAAGAAUACAUACUGGAGAGAAACCCUAUGAAUGUAAUAAUUGUGGUAAAGCCUUUGCUCAACACAGUGCUCUUCAAUUACAUGAAAGAACACAUACUGGAAAGAAACCUUAUGAAUGUAAACAAUGUGGUAAAGCCUUUGCACAGCACAAUUAUCUUCAAGUGCAUGAAAGAACACAUACUGCAGAGAAACCCUAUGAAUGUAAUCAGAGUGGUAAAGUCUUUCCACAUCCCAGUUAUCUUCAAGUACAUAAAAGAACACAUACUGGAGACAAACCCUAUGAAUGUACUCAGUGUGGUAAAGUCUUUGAACAUUCCAGUGAUCUUCAAGUACAUAAAAGAACACAUACUGGAGAGAAACCCUAUGAAUGUAAUCAUUGUGGUAAAGCCUUUGCACGUUCCAGUCAUCUUCAAGUACAUAAAAGAACACAUACUGGAGAGAAACCCUAUGAAUGUAAACAAUGUGGUAAAACCUUUGCACUGCCUGGUCAUCUUCAAGUACAUAAAAGAACACAUACUGGAGAAAAACCCUAUGAAUGUAAUCAGUGUGGUAAAGUCUUUGCACAUUCCAGUCAUCUUCAAGUACAUAAAAGAACACAUACUGGAGAGAAACCCUAUGAAUGUAAUCAGUGUGGUAAAGCCUUUGCACGUUCCAGUCAUCUUCAAGUACAUAAAAGAACACAUACUGGAGAGAAACCCUAUGAAUGUAAUCAGUGUGUUAAAGCCUUUGCACGUUCCAGUCAUCUUCAAGUACAUAAAAGAACACAUACUGGAGAGAAACCCUAUGAAUGUAAACAAUGUGGUAAAACCUUUGCACAUCCUGGUCAUCUCCAAAAAUGUGAAGAAUAGAAGACAACUUUGUGGGGUCUACUUGUAUCCAUCUUCAUAUUGUGAUCAAGAUGAGUUCACAGUCUUGUGCAACACAGACAUUUCUAACAGAGCUGUCUCAUUGAUGCUGAAAUAAGAUUAGCUGAAAUAUUAAAACAAUAAAAUAUUGUUCUUUCUGAAAACAUAUUUUCU